AUGUUUGUUCCAAGAGCGCUCAGGCUCAAAGGCGUUCGCGAGAAGCCGCGGCCUAAGCCUGCCAAAGCCCCCUCCAAAGCGCCAGCUGAGGGUGACCAAGAUGAUGCGCUGGUCGAGGCUAUGCAGAAGACAAGUACCAGUUCACCUACUUACCAGCCAGAGCAGAUUGAGAGUAAAGCUACAAAGCCGGGCCCCAGAUUUACCACCAAACCCGUCACGCCAGAGUACGUUGGUCAGCUUGCUGCUGGCAUCGAGUUAAUCUUCACCGAUUAUGCCCACCAGGAAGAAGAGCGGGCGAAGUGGCUUCAAGACCGCUAUAGGACGGUCGAUGGGGAGGAGAAGUACAUUCACCUUACUGCCAUACUCGAACAUCCCAACAUUUCCUCCCUCAAGCCCGAAGCCUCUCAAGUCCUCCUUCAACAAGCACUUCACGACCAUCCGUCUAAAAUACUAGAGACCUCGAGUAACGGCUACUACAUCCGUCGCAAGCCCUCCACGUACCCUCCCAAAUACCUACCUCACAACUCGUUCCAAGUAACCGACAACGACGGCCUGUCAUUCUGGGAUCAGCGAACGAUAUACGUCGAACCACAUCUACGCAACAUCUGCCCUACACCAGCGAAAGUGGCUCACUGGCUUGCAGAGCAUGGAGAGUUACGACCGAAGUGGCUACCCAUCCAAGCAGUACAUACGCUCUGGAACAGCUGCGCAUUCGUCGUCCUCAGCGGAAGUGUAAUGCACGAGGACGUCUGGGGAAAAUGGAGAGAAGCGGAGAAGCCAGAGAACUGGAAGAUCAUGACCAAGGUCGAGCAUACCAAACGCACCGCCGAAUACGUUGCAUUACUUGAGACGCAGAACCCGAGGGGCAUGCGCAAGAACAAAAUCAAUGAGAGCGAGCUGCCUGCGAUCGCGCGACCAGCUGUGCUUCCGAUGGCGACGGAGAUUGCGCCGGCUGCAGAACAGCAACCGACCAAGAGCAAGCGGAAGAGACGAAAACCAAAGAAGGCCGGCAAGCCUACUGUCGGAAAAGAAGCUGACGCAGACGAUGCCGAAGAUGCACGCGAUGAGCCAAGUGCUAAACGCAGAGGUUGA